AAUACGGUCUUUCUCGCCUCCUUUGACCUUGACCUUGACCUUGACCUUGACCUUGACCUUGUUUCGUAGAUUGAUUUCAUCUGUCACUCCCGGUGAUCGGCCGUGGCGCCGAAAACUGCUCGAUCCUGAGGGCGACGUCAUCCUUUCCCAGUCGUAUUAGCUACGGUCCCCUUCCUCGCCAUCCACGACCGUUUGACCUCUUCCUUCCUGUAUUUUCUCAUGGUUAGUAAUCCGUAAGAAAGCAUAGCCACUUCUUGAUGUUCCUUCCACCUCAUUCUCAUGGGAUCUCUAUUUUGGUACCUUCCUUCACCUCCAAGCCUGCGGCAAUCCUCGAAUGUAGCUUCCGGUUUACUACUUUCUGGUUGCUUGCGCCCAGCGAACAGCUCAUUCUUUCCUUUCUCGACCAACUACACCAUUAGGUCACGUCCUGCUUCCUUUGAACAAGCUACGAGGAGCUCUCUGUCUCUCUCUCUCUCUCUCUCUCUCUUAGCGUUUGGUAUGAGAACUAGUUCGUUGCCAUGAUGAUGUAGCCAGCGAUUUGGUGGUGGUUCCUCACAUUUGUGUACGUUCUCAGGCCAGAAGAAGCGGCAGCAAUGGAGGGCACGCAAUGGAAGGGAUCGGUCCACAGGAUCAGGAAGUGCGUGGUGGAUCUCCUGUCGAUGGAGGACGAUCUGGUGGACGACGACGACGAGGAUGCGUGGGAGCUGAUGGGUAGCGACCUUCGCCUCAAGUCUACCUUCUUGUACUGUGAUCUCAACCAGGUGAUCUCCCACGCUAGAGAAGAGCGGAAGAAGGUUCUCACCGACCUCGCCAACAAGCUCUUCUACUACAUGGAGCAGCUGGAUCAUGCUGUCAGGAUCCGGAGCAUGUCUUUGACGCAGGCCUGCUACAACGACACAGCCAAUGUGUUACAGGAGGUGAUGGCCGCUCUCAUGCCCCUUCGGUAGCUCGAUCACCGAAGGAGGACUGAAGUCCACAUUCUUUCGUCACAAAAAGUUGAAGCUACACCAUGCACGACCAAAACUGUUGGCCGUUAGCAGUCUCUGCUGCAUGCAUGACUAAAACUUUGGCAGAGUUUUCUUCGUUUCUCAACUUUGUGUACAUUGAAGCCUUCGGAUUAGCA